GCAGUUGUCAUAAUUAGAAUUUUUAUUAAAAGAUCGUUUUCUCUGAAAAAACACAACAUUUUGUGGUCUUCGAGCAUUAAGCAGCAUGGAAGGAAUAAUUACCAGAAGCAAGUCGAAGGAACGCAGGGCAAUGGAUGGUGAUAACGAGAAUGUAGAUGAUGGGAUACAACAGGCAGGAAUUUCCGAAACCGUCGGGGACGCUGAGGCUACUGUAAAGGGAACUACCAGUGCAUCAAGGGCAAGAAAUCAAGCUAGCAGGGUAACAAGCCAAGCAGUCAGCGAGGUGUCCAAGACCAAGGAUUUUAGAAUUGCAAAAAGAAGACAAGACACCAAAAUAUCCAGACAAGAUAUAGAAAAAGCAGAGAGUUUGUGGAUUAGGAAAAUUCAGACAGAUAGUUUUCAGAAAGAGACAUUUUGUGGCCUUCGAGCAUUGAGCAGCAUGGAAGGAAUAAUUACCAGAAGCAAGUCGAAGGAACGCAGGGCAAUGGAUGGUGAUAACGAGAAUGUAGAUGAUGGAUAUUAG